AUGUCCGCCAAGCAUGGUCCAAGCUCUUCCGCGAUUAUUCGAUACACGACGCUUGACCAAACACCCCACACGCGCUGCACAACUCCACCCCAGCUCUCGACUUCGUUGCUGGGCCGUUUCUCGUGUGCGAUUGAUAGCACUUUCCUGCCUGUCCUACAAUACUCCCUACUCUGGCAGUCGAAGAGUCAAUAUGGGCUCUUGACGGCCGCGACCGGUCAUCCUAUGCUCGUGGAGUUGAAGAGCGGCGAGACCCUCAACGGACUGCUCGUCAAUUGCGAUACCUGGAUGAACCUCACCUUGAGGGAAGUGGUACAAACGAGCGCAGACGGUGACAAGUUCAUGCGGUUACCGGAGAUCUACGUGCGCGGCAGCACAAUCAAAUACCUUCGAGUGCCAGACGAGAUCGUCGAUGUAGUAAAGGACCAGCAAGUAAAGGACCAGGCGAAUCGCGGUGGCCGAGGCGGCAUGCAUCAGCGAGGAGAGCACCGCGGCGAUCGGGGAGGCAGAGGCAUGCGCGGCCGUGGACGAGGACGUGGAAGAGGAGGCGGUGGUGGAGGUGCUUGA